UCUCCCUUUUAUGCUUGGUACCACCUGCCGCAUACACAAUCAUUUUCAAUAUCCCGACUUGGGCAAGCAGGUGCAAGGGGUUGCAUUUUGACUUUGGAUCGUUCUUUUAUAUUGACACGAUCAAAUGGUUUAAGAAGAGGGGUUGGAGAUCACUGAUGCUGUCGCUCUGAUGGCUCUGUCCCAUUUGCUCUCCGUCGCUCUUUCUUGGAUACUUCCCGACCACCAGUCUGGGGAAGGAACAACUGUCCUGACACCAACAUCACUUUUUGUUCUGGAUAAUCUAAGAAACGGGAUAGUGCGACCACUUCCCUUCCCGGUUUAUUGUUCAACUCUUCCUUCCUUCCUUCCUUCGAUGCAAUGUGAACCCGCCGUUUCUCGGCAGCGGAUGGUUGGCACGGAGGGUUUACGCACUCCCAUGCAAGGUGGUGGCACGGCUCUGCUUCAACUUCCGGAGGCUCAUUCAGCACGGCACCACUCCGAUUGGGUUCUCAAAUUCUCGAAGAUCACGAUAAUUUCUACCUACCAAAACAAAACUCCGUAACUGCUUUGAUCUCUCGCCUACCAAGUCAACUUGUUUACCCGAUCCU